AUGACGGCCACUUUUGAAAAUAAUAGACGACCAUCCCUUCUGCUUGAUGCCGAGGAUGAGCCCACGGGUGCGAGAAAAUUCCGGUCCCCUAGCGGAACGGUGGGACAUUCGCUGGAUAACACUGACAUGGUUGCGCUCACCACUUCUUUCGAUAAACAGAUAUCUGAGGGCCAUCCUAUGUUCUUUGAGCAAAGUGAAACCUUCGCUGGUGUAAGAAGCCUAGGCGCUCCCGGUGUUUCGCAUCAAUGGACAAAUUUUUAUAGCGAAGGAAAAGCAGGGUUCGAAUUCAUGCAAAAUUUGCGUGUGAAGUACAUACAGGAAAGUGCACAGGACGCUCAAUCCAACAUGAAAAAUGAUACAAUCGAUUGGUUUCUGUAUCCGAAACCGCUUCCCAAAUUCUGGAAAUUUGAAAGCGACAAACGCCUGUACGAUGGGGCCCAAAGUGCCAACGGUGAGGAUAUGCAAGGCUAUUUCUAUACACGGACCAAUGACGACAAUUUUCAAAAGCAAGACAGGGUCCAACUUCACUAUACAGGACAGUUUUUCAAGCUUUCUCAUUAUGCGAAAGAGCUGACGAAAUUUUACACCGAGCGUGGGCUGCCGAUGGCAAUGGCGACAGAUUAUCCUGCAGUUGUUGCAAACGUACCGCCCAUAACUCAAUUCGGACAGCAUUUUGAAAAGUGCUUGGAUCUCGUCACAUCGGAACAAAUGGACUCGCAAGCAGUGAAAAGAACUGAAUAUUUGUUGCACAGAUACGAGCUAUUCCAGCAACUCCAAGGACGCUCUGAAGUUCGCGAAAGCAGACUAGUUCCCCACCGUGAUUUUUAUAAUAUCCGGAAAGUGGAUCAAAAUUACCUUCUCAGUGGAUGUCUCUCUCAAAGACAGCUAAACGAUUUUAUUUGGGAGAAACUGAAUCUCGAGCCCAACCGGAUCGUUUACCUUGAUGCUAACGGUAAACAAUUCACAUUGCGACAAAUAUUUUGUCAAGGAUCCGAUGACUCGUCAAUUGGCCUCAAAGCAGUGGAUGAUUUGUUUCUGGACUGGUAUCGGACUGUGUAUCUUUCCGGCGAUCAUCUAACCCGUACUGAUAUUUGGCAACAGAAUCCAAAGUAUCUCGCCAUAGCACGUACGUUCUUGGAAUUUGAUAAUGUUAUUGAUGGGGAAUACUUUGCUGAAAUGGUUGUGAAAUACGUGAUUCAAUCCUUUGAGAAAAGUAAGUACCAAGUGGCGCAGCUUUCAGUUGACUUCCAAUUUGGUGAUUCUUGGUGGACAAAAUUCAGCGAUUGGGUAACGAGGUGGAAGCUUGUUUCUUACAAUAUCCGAUGGAAUAUUCGACUCAACAGGUGUUUUUCAAAACUGUAUGCUGCGAAUCGCGUACAAAAUUUCCAGGAUUACUUGGACCACAUUUUUCGUCCGCUCUUAGAACUAGAGGGUUCUCAGAACGUUAAGUUACAAUUCGUUUUGUCCACCGUGUGCUGUUUUGACCUCGUUGUCAGUGAAACUGAUGAUUACGUAUGGAAAUCGUUUCUCGAGCCGCAACGUACUUCACCAGCGGAUUGGUCGGGAUGUGGUGAUAACCCGCCUGUGGCCUAUUACAUGUUCUACAUUUAUCAGUAUCUGAAGGUCCUAAAUGAGAAGAGAAAGAGCAGGGGCCGGAACACAAUAGCUUUGCGGAAUUAUUGCCCAAUCAACGCGAGUCGUGUUUCGCAGUUUCGUAAGAAAUUGAGUAUAACGGAACAAUUUGAAUCGCUGAUCUGCAACUUUUUAUUGUGCGAAGGAGGACUCCUUCAAGCGGAGCCCUUGUGGCGUGUUUCCCCUACGAUUUUGUAUUUAUACUACCUGUUCCAAAUACCGGUGGUUGUAUCGCCAUUAUCUUCGGUCUCACUUCUUUUAGAGCAUGGACACUCUGAGGCAGGAAGAGUACCAAUAAAGGAUCGAGAUGUUACCACUCCCUCCACAAGAACUUACACAGGAAAUCCUUUCAUGAGUAUGCAUCAAAUGGGUUUAAAAGUCCUGUUAUCGAGCAGUUCUGUUCUUCUCAACUGUUCUUACACCAUGGAACCUAUCAUUGAAGAAUAUAGCGUUGCCGCAAGUAUUUACUUGCUUACUAGCGCCGACAUGUGUGAACUAGUUAGGGACAGCGUAUUGACCAGUGGUUACGAAGGUUUCUACAAAGCUCACUGGAAUGGUGUGCGAUUAAAUAAAACUGAUUUCUUCAAUGAGAGAAUCGGAUUAACUGACACCUGGUAUGACCAAGAGCUCGAUACCUGCUAUAAACAUAAUGUUCCGAACGCACGUAGGCUCUAUCGUCGAAACUGCUUGGAGAGGGAAUGGCAAUUCAUAAGUGGAUAA